GGCGGAGCGCGGCGGAGCGGCUGGCGCCGGGCCGCGGCCGCGGGGAGGGGACCGUCGACGCCUCGUUGCCUGAGCUGCCGCGUUCCCUUUCUUGCCGCUGCCAGGCCUGCAGGAUGUUCAUUUUAAAGAUUCUGUGAAGAUGCAGAGAGAAGUCUUAUGGUGUUACAGAAUAUAAAGCAAUAUUGUCUGACAUGACGGCAAAAAAUGUUGGUGUGACUUCCACAAAUGGAGACUUUAAAGGAUUUAUAGAUCAGAACCAGAGUCCAACAAAAGGUAAUAUUUCAAUAAUCACGAUACCAGUUUCCAGCACCAACUCCCCAACCAAGAUUUUGCCAAAAACUUUAGGACCAAUCAAUGUGAAUGUUGGACCCCAAAUGAUCAUAAGCGCAUCACAAAGACUGACCAAUUCGGGGAGUGUUCUGAUUGGGAAUCCGUAUAACCCAGCUCCAACAAUGGUCACACAGACACACAUCGUGGAAACUUCUGGCUGGGUCCCAGGGAACAGAAAGCGGACCCAAGAAUUUAUAGAAUCAGAUCUUUCAGAAACUAAGAGAAGCAAAAAAGGAGAUAAAAAUGGAAAAGGUCUGAGGCAUUUUUCAAUGAAAGUGUGUGAAAAAGUUCAGCUUAAAGGAACAACUUCAUACAAUGAAGUCGCUGAUGAGCUGGUAUCAGAAUUCACAAACAGCCAUCUAGCAACAGAUUCGCAAGUUUAUGAUCAGAAAAAUAUUAGACGGAGAGUUUACGAUGCCCUUAAUGUCCUGAUGGCAAUGAACAUCAUUUCCAAGGAGAAGAAGGAAAUCAGAUGGAUUGGCCUUCCUACAAAUUCAGCUCAGGAGUGUCAGAAUCUAGAGAUAGAGAAACAGAAGCGGAUCGAAAGGAUAAAACAGAAGCGAGCCCAACUACAAGAACUGCUGCUGCAGCAAAUAGCAUUCAAAACCUUGGUACAAAGAAAUCAGCAAAAUGAACAGCAGAAUCGAGGACCUCCAGCUCUGAACUCAACCAUACAGCUGCCUUUCUUAAUAGUCAACACUAGCAAAAGAACAAUUAUAGACUGCAGCAUAUCAAGUGAUAAAUUUGAAUACCUCUUUAACUUUGAUAACACUUUUGAGAUUCACGAUGACAGCGAGGUGCUAAAAAGAAUGGGAAUGUCCUUUGGGCUUGAGGUGGGCAGAUGCUCAGCUGAGGACCUAAGAACUGCAAAAUCACUGGUGCCAAAAGCCUUGGAAGGCUACAUCACAGAUAUGUCUACAGAAUUGUCAUGGAUAAACCAAGGCUUACUCUCAAGUUCAGCACAAGCUGUUUCACGUUUAGAUGUAGCAGGAGGUGCUUCUGAUGCUAAAUCAAGUGAGAAUCCAGGGCUGUGUUUGGAUGCUGAAGUGGCCUUAGCAACUGGGAAGUUUCUUGCCCCUAGCAAUCAACAGUCCAGCAGUGCAACGUCACACUACUCUGAAUCACGGGGAGCAACUCCAUGCUCAUUCAAUGAUGAAGAUGAAGAGGAUGAAGAUGAAGAUUCUUCCUCCCCAGAAUAAGGAUGGUAGAUAACAGAAUGUACAAAAUGCUGCUUGGAAAUACUCUCAGUGGGAUCUCCUGUUUGGAUUUUACUUAAGUUUGUAGCCUUGGUUUGCACUGUGUUCAGUGAUGCAAAAUGGAAACUCCCAAACAAGUUCACCCACUGCUGAAAAUGAAAACUUGGGAUGAUUGAACACAGUGUGGUGUAGACACAGAGCAAAGUGGCUUUUGUCAGCCAUACCCAAGGGAAAGAAGAAACUCUCUGGAGGGUUUGCAAAGUAAACAUCAAGUUCACGUUUUCCCUAUUGGGACGUUCUGUUUUAAAUUUCUUUCUUCCCCUUAUCUUUACCAGAUGGAGAAGGAAAGAAUCAACAAAUGCCAGUUCUUGCAUUGUCUGCAGGCUAUGCUAGCUCUAGAAAAGGGGGGAGAGAGCAUGUGCAGACAUGCUGCUGUAGCUAUUUUAUCUUGUGAACUUUGUUGUAGGGAAAAGGGGCUGUUAGAAUGUUUACUUUUUUUCCUGUUCAAUUUGCUGUAUAGAAGAUUCUUCAAGUAAUAUAAAUUGCAAGUGAUUAAAUGAA